CUUGCUAACAAAUUAAAUGUUGUAUAUGUAUAUCCGUGCCCCAGUCAAGACAGCUGUAGCCUGUUGUUUCUACAAUCAAGGUUGGAUUAGCAAACCUGUCCUUGACGAAGGUCUUCCUACUAAAGUCACCAACCCAACAGAUGUCUCAACAUUGAUGAGAGCGUCGCUAUGCUUCUUUCAGACCGCGAGGAUACUACCUCCCAACUAUAAUGAUCACUAUUAGCAUAUCACUAUUCAACGCCAUUGGUCUACUAAAACAAAC